AAUGAUAUCAAGCGAUACACAGCUCAUUUCAACUCUUCUGCAGACGUAUCAUAAAGCCCCAAAAGAAGAGACGGUCUCUGUUGGGCGGAAUAGCUGUUUUUUUUUUUCAUGACCAAUCUUCAGUUCCCAUGAAACUUUUUAAAAUUUUUCUUUUCCGAUUCUCUAACACAUCAAGCAACGAUUUAUAGCAUUCUCUUUCAUUUUUGUGAUUAUGGAGAUUGUCUCUUCUUCUUCUUCUGUUAGAUUCAAGCUUUAUGAUCGAUUGGAGUUGCAGGAGUUUCAAGACAAGUACGUGAUCAAAUCUUUAGAGUCUCCUGAUAAAGGCUUCUCGAUUGACCGAAGAGAUGGCAACAUAGAGUCAAUCAAUGAUGAGACUGCUAAUGGAAGUCCGUCCAAAACAUCGACAAUCUAUGGGGUUGCUGGUACAAUUAGACUUAUUGCAGGUACAUAUAUACUUGUAAUAACUUCUCGGAAGGAAGUUGGAAAUUUUCUUGGUUUUGGCGCGUCAGAGGUUUUUAUAUCAAUUUUUUGUUCCUGCAACGAAGCAUUAAGAUUUUUCGACUUCUCAAGAAGUAAGACAAAGAAGGAUGAGGCUUACUUUAUGAAUCUGUUAAGACGGUGGAAUCGAGUCCUUGGCUUAUGUACUAUUCAUAUGAAACCAGAUAUAACAUUGAAUUUACAGAGAAGAUGUAAAUUAACAGAUGGGUGGAUGGCUAAACCAAUCUGGAAGCAGGCUGACCCUAGAUUUGUUUGGAACAAAAAUCUAUUGGAUGAACUCAUUGAGUGCAAGCUUGAUGAGUUCAUCAUUCCUCUGUUGCAAGGAAGCUUUGGAGCUGCACAACUAAAGCUGAAUGAGACAACUACAACUAUUACAUUAGUUUCAAGAAGGUGCACUCGGCGUCUAGGAACAAGAAUGUGGAGAAGAGGAGCUAACCUUGAAGGAGAUGCUGCUAAUUUUAUUGAAACUGAGCAACUGCUGGAACUUGAAGGUUUCAAGUCCUCGUUAUUGCAGGUUCGUGGUUCAAUUCCUCUUCUUUGGGAACAAAUUGUUGACUUGAGUUAUAAACCACGUCUUAGAAUUAUUAAUCACGAGGAAACGUCAAAAGUUGUGGAGCGCCAUUUCCAUGAUCUUCACCAACGGUAUGGAGACACAAUGGUGGUUGACUUAACUGAUAAACAUGGUGAUGAAGGGAAAUUAAGCUCAGCAUAUGCUGCAGAAAUGCAGAAGCUUCCAAAUGUGAGAUAUGUGUCAUUUGACUUUCAUAACAUUUGUGGCAAAUCAAACUUUGAUAAUCUACACAUUCUUUAUGAUCAAAUCUCGGAGGAUUUCAGAAGUCAAGGAUAUUUGAUCAUAGACGUAGAAGGAAACAUACUAGAUGAGCAGAAAGGAAUUAUUAGAUCCAACUGCAUUGACUGCCUUGAUCGUACAAAUGUUACCCAGAGUUUCCUAGCUCAGAAGUCUUUAACUGCACAAUUGCAAAGAACAGGAGUACUUGCUUCUAAUGAGUGCAUUUCUAUGUUUACUGAGGAUUAUGGAAAGUUCAGAACAUUGUGGGCCGAGCAAGGUGAUGAGCUAAGCCUUGAAUAUACUGGAACUCAUGCCUUGAAAGGGGACCUGGUUCGAUAUGGAAGACAGACUUUAGGCGGAAUAAUCAAAGAUGGAUUAAGUGCUAUUUCAAGAUAUUAUUUGAAUAAUUUUCAAGAUGGAGUUCGGCAGGACGCAUUGGAUCUUAUAAGUGGCCACUACACUGUCAACAGAAAUGGUCCUUCACCGUUCCAGCUUAAUGGAUUCGAAUCAUUCUCUUAUCUCCCAGUCGCGUCAGCUUUGCUUAUUGGAGGGUUAACACUGACUUCCUUGACUGCUCAACAAGUGGGGCGAAAUGCGCAGCAGUAUGUGUCUACUGUGCUGUGGGCUGGAGUGGCUGCUGGAGCAAUGGCUAUUGUCAAAGCUAAUGGAAGGCAGUUCUGUUCUAGGCCUCGCUUGUGUAGCCUAUUAUAAGUGUAAUAAUCACUAAUUGCACUUGAGAGACUUGUAAGAUACAUAUAUUAUAUAUCACUAUUAGAAAUGAUGAUCAUUUUUCUUCGUGCCAAUAAAAAUUAGUCAUAAAUAAUCAUUCCUUUA